AUGCACUAUUGCUUCUUAAAUUUGCAACUGGUCUGCUUUCUUAGUCUAUUCUACGGCGGACUUUGUGAAUUGCAGACUUCGUGUCAAAGCGGAAAAGUAUACAUGGGAUGGUGUCAAUAUAAUCCCAAUUACACAAAUGCGUCGGCCUACGCUCAUUGUAUUAAACGAUAUGUUGUUCAAGCGGUUUUAUUCAAACGGCCUUUUUCACUAACACCUUCAGUCGUCCAUCUCGGAUUGUCGCAAUUAGAUAUUCGAAGUAACGAUCACGAUGUUAGACUUGAAGUGUCUGCACAAUCGAUUACGCCUUAUGGAUUCAAUGUUCACUUCAGUUCUUGGGCCGACUCGAUCACCCAUAAUGCAGGUGUCAAUUGGCUAGCAUGUCUAUAA